AUGAAGACCUUCACCAUCGCUGCCUUCGCCGCUCUGGCCUCCGUUGGCUCUGCCCAGCUCAGCAACAUCCCCUCUUGCGCCCUUCAAUGCUUCCUCGCUCCUCUCCAGAGCGACGGCUGCUCCUCCCUCACCGACUUCGAGUGCCACUGCAAGAAGGGUGCUGAGCUUCUCGGCAAGGUCCAGCCUUGCGUCCAGGGUGCCUGUGAGCAGGAGGACCAGGCCAAGGCCAUCUCCGCCGUCCAGGACACCUGCAAGGCUGCCGGUGUUCCCAUCAACAUCCCCGGCGCCAGCGCUGCUCCCUCCAUGGCCAGCUCUGCUGUUGCCAGCGCCACAUCCGCUGCCGCCUCCAUGGCAUCUUCUGCCGCCGCCUCUGCCUCCUCCAUGGCUUCCUCCGUCAUGUCUGAGGCCUCCGCUGUCGAGUCUGCCGCUUCCUCCAUGGCCUCCGAGAUGUCCUCCGCCAUGAUGACCGGCACCCCCACUGCCAGCGAGAGCAUGAUGAGCAUGACCCCCUCUGCCUCCAUGUCCGAGUUCACCGGUGCCGCUGCCCAGGCUACCCAGGCUGUUGGUAUCCUCGGUGCUGCCGCCCUUGCCAUGCUCGCUUUGUAG